UGCUCGGUAGAUCUUGUCUGGCUUUUGCUGGGAGAAAGCUUAUUGUAGGCUGGCGGAACCCUGGUUGUUGCCACACCGUGCGGUACUCGUCAUUUCCCGGCUGCAGUACCGUACUGUACCUGUACGGUACUCGAGUACUGGUGCAGGGUAUGGUACUGGCGUGCCAAUUUUACUCUACUUGUUCGGGAUUUUAUAGUGGUACAGUACCGGUAUGGGUGCAUAUGGGCUUUUGGACAUGGGGAUUCGGUAGCAGUGGUGGUGAAACCUUUCUUUUUUUGAUUCAGCGUACGUAAACUUGCGAAUUGUGCUAGUACUAGUACGGUACCGGGGGUGGGAAAGUGCACGUUCAUUCUAACUGCGCCCAUCCGAAACAGCCCAUCACUCGCGAUUGGCUAUCCCACCACGGAGAAAGUGAAGGUGAAUGUGAACGUGAAAGUGAAGAAGGGGAAAGGGGACGAAGAUAGAAAUAAUGAAAGUGUAUAUAAGAAACAUUCAACCUGCCUUGCCUUUCGGAUCCAUCACUUCAGACAGCAGUUUGCUUUGCAUCGCUCUCUUUCCCAUAUCAUACCUCUCCCUUCAAUUCUUUACACUCCGUAGACGCCAUCAGAAUGGUCCACCUUUCAGCCAUCCUCACAGCCCUGACCCUCUUCUCCGCCGUGAGCGCGCAUCCGGGCGAGCAUGAAGACGAAUCGGCUUCGGUCCUAGCCCGCCGUGGCGACUUCCUCGCGUACUCCAAGCGCUCCCUGGCCGCUUGCAAGGACACCGUAAAGGCACGGGACCUGGAGACCCGCGCAAUCGCCCGGCGCAGCGCCUUCGUCGAGGAGAUUCGGCAGCAGCACGGCAUCGUUAGCAGGAGGAGCGUGGAGAGCGUACUGGGUACUGAUCACAAGAGCAACCUGACGGGAAUUACGCCGGAUACUGACCCUAAGGUUUUGUUCUCUGGGGACGUUAAAUGCGUGCUCCAGCCGGAGGUUACGCAGGGUCCCUACUGUAAGUUCCCCCCACGAUACCGGUUCACGAUGGGAAGAAGGGGGACUUACAAUGGAUUGGGUAGAUGUCGAUGGGGAACUCGUCCGCCACGACCUCCGCGACGGCCAGUCGGGCAUAAACCUCUGGGCCGAUGUCCAGCUCAUCGACAUAAACACCUGCGAUCCCGUACCAAACCUCUACAUGGAUUGGUGGCACGCAAAUGCAUCAGGAGUGUACAGCGGAGUCGUAGCAAGCGGUAACGGUGACUCCUCCGACGCUAGCAACAUUGUAUACCCCCCCUCUCUCCUGUCCUCCAAUUCUUGUAUUGACUUCUUCCGAUAGAACAAAACAUUCGCCCGCGGCCUCCGCCCCACCUCCCCCGACGGGGUUGCCCAACUCCUCACCAUCUUCCCUGGCCAUUACAGCGGACGCGCAACGCACGUGCACAUCCUCGCACACGUGAACGCCACCCUCCAAGGAAACCACAGCAUCAGCGGUGGCCGCAACGCGCACGUCGGGCAAUUCUUCUUCGACCAAUCCCUCAUCUCUGCCGUCUCUGCCGUCGACCCCUACAGCCAGAACACGCAGGCGAUCACACAAAACACGAACGACACGAUACUGGCGCAGGAGGCGGACAGCAUGGAUCCGGUUAUGGAGUACGCGCUUUUGGGAGAUGGGGUUGAGGAUGGGAUCUUGGCGUGGAUCACCGUCGGCUUGGAUGUUUCCGCGAACUAUACUGUCUCCAGCGCUGUCACUUUGACUGCCAAUGGAGGGGUUGCCAAUGAGGGGGGCAUGGGUGGUGGUGCGCCUCCCGGUUCCGCGGCUCCGUCUGGGGCUGCACCUACGAGCAGUGGGUCGUAAGUCGCCGUUUCGCUUAAUCCAGGCUGGUAGAUUUUAUCGUAUUGCUGUGGGGAUGAAGAAGUGGAGAAUUGUUGCUGACUGUUUUUUUCUCUUUCGCGUUUUUGUCUUUUUUAGUCACGAGGUUGGAAUGUUGCAUCGGAUCAGUUUCCUUUGGCUUUCCUUGGCUCUGUUGUCUGCUGCGAUCUGUUUAUAGAUGUAUGAUAUCAUAUUUGAUAACUUAGAUGGAUGGAAUUUAUGAUGGUUUGGGUUACCCUACCGGAAUGAUUAGCUC